AGCACAGACACAGAAACAAGCUAGGCAUUCAUUCGAUUAACAACAACCAUCACACUCAAACAACAAGAUGCUAGACCAUUUCAGCAUCUUGACAAGGACCGGUUUGGUACUAUGGUCAAAGAGCUUCACACCUGCCAUUCCAUCAGAAACAAAUGGUGUGAUCGCAAAUCAUCCAGUUGACGCUUUAAUCAGAUCAGCUUUCUUGGAGGAUCGUUUAGCAUCCGAUAAAUAUGAAAGGGAAGGAUAUAGUCUACAAUGGUCAUUGGUAAAUGAUGUCGAACUGGUAUUUGUCGUCGUUUAUCAACGGAUCUUGCAAUUGUCAUACGUACCUCGAUUGUUGGCGUCCAUCAAAGAAGCGUUUUUGCAAUUCUUUAAACCUUUUGUAAUCGCUUUACGUGAAGCUACGCAACCACAUAAAGGCAGUACAUCAUCAUCCUCCAAUAUGAACGCAGUUCGAAGACUCAAAAAAGAAUUUGACACACGUUUGCAAGAAUGGGAAACGACUUUCCUCAAAAUUUUGAGAGGCUUAGAAAGGGAAGCAGCACAGCAAAGUCGUCGCAAGGGUGGCGCUGGCAUUGCUGCAGGUGCAGGCGGUACCGCGGCUACUAUGGCAGCCAUUGCAGCUGAAGACACAAAUGGCAAAGCACACGAAUCUGGAGAUGAUACACCAAAAGCAUUGCAAGAUGGACAGGAUGGUGUGACAGAUGGCCAAGAUAUCGCAAAGAAUAUUGAAGCUUUGCGGACAAGAUUGAAGAAAACAAACAUAAAGGGAGGGAAGGGGGCCAAGGGCAGGACUAGUCUGGGUAAAGACUCACCCGCAAGCAGUGGUGCAGACACUCCUGGUGGAGCCAAUACGCCAGGCAAGAAGAAUAAAGGACCCGCAAAAGAGAUGCGUAAAUGGGAUGGUGGAAAAUUGUCAGAGAAAGAUAUUGCUGCACUGGAUUUCUCAUCGGCUGGUCCAGACACACCUGCAACAGAACAAAAGGGUGGUGAUUUGAGCGGUUGGAUUGAUGAACGUAGUAUGGGAACAAAGAACGAUGGCCGUUAUGAGAUUGCGGAUGUCGAUGAUGGCAGCGAUGAAGAGGACGAGGAGGACGAGGACAAUAUCACAUCUCCGCCUACCUCUGGAAUAUGGUCUCGCUUCUCUUUAAGCAGCACUUCAGAAAAGAAAGCUUCGUUGUUCUCCCGCUUGACAGGCAAUACACCUUUGACAGAAGCCGAUCUUGCACCAGCUCUGGCAGCUAUGCAAUCUCAUCUCCAGUCCAAGAAUGUGGCAGCUGAUGUUGCAGCACAAUUGUGCGCAUCUGUGUCAAAAAGUCUUGUUGGUAAACAAGUGGGCUCCUUUGGCAGUAUCAAAAAUGAAGUUCGCAAUUCCUUAGAGCAAAGCAUCACUCGAAUUCUUACGCCAAAGACGAGUACAGAUAUUCUACUAGAGAUUUCUACCAAGAAACAAUCUGCGUUGCGAAAUGCAUCAUACUUGGCAUCACAACAAGGACGUGGAAAAGGACAAAAAGAAGAAGAAGGUCCACAGCCUUACAGCUUAUGUUUUGUUGGUGUAAAUGGGGUUGGUAAAUCAACAAAUUUAGCAAAAGUUUGCUUUUGGUUAUUGCAAAACAAUCUUCGUGUUCUCAUUGCUGCUUGUGAUACAUUCAGAAGUGGUGCUGUGGAACAAUUGCGUGUGCAUGUUCGCAAUCUGGGUCAAUUACAGGUCGACGGGCAGCGUGUUGGAGAUGGAACUGCGGACGGCAAGAACAAAAUUGAACUCUACGAGAAAGGAUACGGAAAAGACGCCGCUGGAAUUGCAAAAGAAGCUCUCACAUACGCUCGUAAAUCAGGCUUUGAUGUUGUUUUGAUUGACACGGCAGGUAGAAUGCAAGACAAUGAGCCUCUGAUGCGAGCUUUGGCAAAGUUGGUUGCGGUCAAUGAUCCCGACAAAAUUUUGUUUGUCGGAGAAGCAUUGGUAGGAAAUGAAGCAGUUGAUCAAUUGACCAAAUUCGAUCAAAGUUUGAAAGAUUUCAGUGGAGUAAGCCGGCCAAGAGGUUUAGAUGGAAUGCUGUUGACAAAGUUCGAUACGAUUGAUGAUAAAGUCGGUACCUCUUUGACGGCCACAAGCGUGACUGGCUUGCCAAUCUACUUUGUCGGCGUUGGUCAAACGUAUACAGACUUGAAACAAUUACGAGUCAAGCAUAUCGUCAAUGCUCUAUUGCGGGACUAGGGCCCUGUAAUCAAUCUCUCUUUUUCAUAUGUCGUAGUGUACAAUAUUG